CCUGUCUUUAAACCGGAAGCAGAAAAAGGACAACAAAGACACUGAUGCACGGAGCCGAGUGCGCCAUUUAAGUCUGUUAAUUCCUCAUGUCGACCUUUGUACUUAUUCGUCUAUCGUGUGUUUAACCCAACAAUGUUAUGGCGGGGUGAAUUCGACGCGUCUCUAUGAAGCUUUUGAGGCUAAUUUAGCUUGCUAGUUAGCUUAGCUUGUUAGCGGCUAACAAAGAGACGCGGAGGAGAUCGAGUGUGAGUGUAAAGUAUUGUGGUUUUGUGAAAGUUUGUGCGAAUGACGAACGUGCUGGUGAAUUAGCGACUAACUGCAGCUGUUGAAGAAAUAUUUGUAGUGUUAGAAAAACCGACAGCAAGAAUACGAGGCGGAACUACAACUGCUGGACGCUGUUUUCAAGGGACAUCAAGUUGUGUUACACAGCACAGACUCGGGAGUGGACUUCCAGGAUGGAGCAGGACAAGCCACAGCCCUCGCACAUCAAAGAAGAAGAGGAGGAGUCACAGCCCCCUCAUAGGAGAGCGGAUGAGGAGUCAAAUGGGGGCAUUAAACAGGAAGAGGAGCCGCAGCCACCCCACAUUAAAGAGGAAGAGGAGGAACAUAGCAUCAGUCAGGAGGGAGCGCAUCUUGAAGGACUGGAUGUGAUUCGGGUCAUCGUGAAGAGUGAAGAUGAUGAGGUCAAAGGUGAAAGUGAGGAGAAGAGAGAGGCGGAGCCUCCAAGCAGCAGCUCAACACAACACAUGACAACAGAAGCUGAUGGAGACCACUGUGGAGGAUCACAAGCAGACAAGCUCUUAGCUCCACUAUCAGAUAGUGAGGACACAACGUCACACUCUCCUGACACUGAUGAUGAAGACUCUAAAGAAGAUAAGCCGUGGUACACUGACAACACCCACUUGAAAUGUUCCCACUGUGACAAAACCUUUAAUUACCAGUGUGAUCUGAAAAUACACAUGAGAACGCACACUGGAGAGAAACCUUUCAUGUGCUCAGUUUGUAGUAAAAGAUUCUUCCGGAACCAACACUUGAUAACACACACAAGAAUACACACCGGGGAGAAACCGUUUGACUGUUCGGUGUGCGGUAAAUGUUUUGUGCGAAAUGAAUGUUUGAAAGGACAUAUGAGAAUACACACCGGGGAGAAACCUUUCAUCUGCUCAACAUGCGGUAAAGGCUUCAUACGAAACGAAUGCUUGAAAGUACACACGCGGAUACACACGGGAGAGAAACCUUUCUUAUGUUCGGUGUGUGGCGCGAGUUUUGUGUGGAAUCAAAGUUUGAAAAAACACAUGAGAAUGCACACUGGGGAGAAAGUGUUCGGCGGCAGCGUGUCGUGAAAGAUUCUCCUAUGAGUACCAGUUGAAAAGACAAGCGUGCAAGAUUUUAUUAAAUAAACUGAUGAAACGUUAA